AAAGAACUGGCUAGUGUAGCUUUUAAGAUCUGCUUCAACUAAAAAUGCCACGUGCAAUAUGGCGGCGACGUUGACGUACGACCCGGACGUUCUUUGCCCUCCCUUCGCCUCUGUGUUACCAUGGUGACAUCAACAACACUAACGCCCGCUUUCUAAGGACUUUUACUGGGUCUGAAACGACAGCAACUCGCUUUCAUAGCUUGUGUCAGUUGAUGUGUUUAAACUGAGGUAAUUUUUUCAGAACAUUUAAAGUUUAUUUCAACUAGUCUGUUUCUCGAAAUAUUCAAAAUGGACAUCAGCGAUAAACUCAAAGAGCUAAAUUUGUCGUCGGAGGAGAUGGGCAGAUUUACCAAAGCCUUCAAAGACAGUAAAUUUAGGGAGAUGUUCUGCGAAUACGUCCAAGAACUAUCUGAACCUGAAAACAGGAAAAAGUACGAAGAGGAAAUCCGACAGUUGGAGCAGGAGAGAGGAAACAGUGUGGAUUUCAUCCAGCCGACACCGUUCAGGGUGAUCAGAACGACCGGAGCUGGAAAACAGAAAUGCUUCAUCAACAUAUGUGCCAAUGAUAAAAUCCAAAAACCUGAAGUAAAGAUUGGAGUAUCAGAUGAUGGCCGCAGGGGGCAGUAUUGGACUCUGCCUUACAUUCUUUAUCCUGGGAGGACAGAGAAAGACCCUAAAGGCAGCACAUUCAUGAUCUAUGAUGUUAUUUUCCACCCUGACACGCUGCACAUGGCCUCUAAAAACAAACCAUUCAUGGAUAUGGUGAAUGACACAGCAAUUGAUGGAGUCCAAAAAGCUUAUAAAGUCAAGCUAGACAAAAACAACGUGAGAGAAAUGAAGACGAAAUACAAAGGUACCCCUCAGACAUGUCUCAUCCGAAGACCCAUACCUGGAGUCAAUGCCGAGAACCUCAGUUCUCCCUUGCCAUUGUUAGAGGUUCCUGAGCCACGAAUGAAGUCUGAAGAGUCGCCUACAUUAACAAACGGCGGAGAUGUUCAGCAACAAAUCCAAUCGCAGAACAAGCAGGAGCCAGAAAAGCCAAAAUACAGAGUAAAAUAUCGAUCUAAGGUUGAUUUACAGGACUUCAGAUGUUCUAGAGACUCCGUCCAGGGCCCCAGACCUAAGGAAAUUGAGAUUACUAUUGAUCUGCCUCUUCUGAAGUCAGUUAGAGACACAAACCUUGAAGUAAUGGAGAAAACUCUGCUGCUAGAGUCCAAACAACCUGCCUACAGGCUACAUCUGCCUUUAGCCUACCCUGUGGAUGAAGACCAAGGAGAGGCCAAGUUCAACAAAUACACAGGACAGCUCACCGUCACCCUGCCGGUCCGUCCACCUGAUGAAUCUCUUCAUCAAUCUGUGGGACCUUAUCCUUUAGUGAGCGAUCUUCAAGGAGAAGAUGAAGUUGAAGAAGAGCAAGGGGAGAAAGAGAUUUGUGAGAAGACCAAGCAAGAGGUUCAAAGAGGUGAGCAGAAAGAAAUAAAUCAGGUCGAAAAUGGUGAUGAAGAACAGAAAAGUGGAGAAGAGGAGGAAAAGUGUCAGGAAAUAAAAAGAAAGCAUGAAAAAGAGGAGGAAAAGCCAGGAACAGAGCUCCCAAACUGGGAUUUGGACAAACAGCAACAGAGAUUACAAGUGAGCAAGGAAAAGAAUGAUGAGGAAGGUGGACUAAUGACGAUGAAUGAAAACCAGAACCAAGAUUCUGAGGAAGGAUCAUCUCUGGAUAAAUAUUACUAUCAGAAAGGAGACGAUCCAGAAGUUUAUUCACAGGAAACUUCAGCUGCCUCUCCUGCAAUGGAAAACCAGGAUGCUUUAAUGUCUGAUGGACAGAUUAGCUCCUCGGAAGAGGAAAAAGAAGCUAAACUGACCUCAAGUCUGGAGUCUACGGCUAAAACAACAACUUCAGAACUGCAGGAGGCAAAACCUGCACAGGAAAAUAUGCAGACUGAAGAAGAUGCUUCACUCCAGCAACUUCCACCCAUCGAGGAAUCCCAGAUUUCUCCUGAAGUGUCUUUCCCACCAACUGAGGCCGCUCAGAACCACAGCAGAGACAUUACUUCAGGGGAGAAAAUGGAGUCUCACCAGGUGUUUGCCACAGACGCAGCAGAAAAAGGAAGAGAAACAGAUGAAGAUGACCUGCCAGCACAUCAAGUUCUCCAAACAUUGGAGCAAAGCAACAAGCCAGCAGCAGACGCAGCAGCCUGGCCACUGAGGGAGAUCGGUGCUGAUGGAAAAGAGACGCUGAUCACUGAUCACUCCACGUCUGCAGGUUUCAACUUCCAGAACAAUUUUAUUUACGAGCUGGACUGAUAAGCUGUGUUUUUAAAAAGAAUGACUUUUAAUGUUUUUUUUUCCUACUAUACUGUAGAUGUUUUCAAAGAUAUGCAAUUGUUCUGUGAGAUUUUAAUAGUUUUCUCCCAAAGUUAAUAAAUUAAUACCAAUCUAAUAAUACAUAUUCAUAAGAAAACUGUGUCUGAAUAUGUAAAUUCUAAAUGUUAUUAUUCUGCGAAUAAUAAUUACCUGAUUAUAAAAACAACUGGAACAUGUGACGUAUCAAAAAUCCUAACUUGCACAUUUUAUCUGUACAAAAUAAUUUCUUAUUUACCAAAGAAGCUCAAGCUUGGAACAAAUCACUGCUACCAUGCAGGUUAAGUGACUUUGGGUGAGCUUGUGUGAUUAUUUAAAAACUUUACAUCACAUCAUAUUCCUGUUGGUAUCGGUGGAGGCAGCUGAUCCUGAUAAAGUUAGAUAUUUCAUUUAAAUAAAAAAAUACUUUUUGAAUCAGAGACAAA